GCCACUCUUCAACAAGGGCCAGGUAAUGAGCAAGCUUGGCUCAUUCUCAGCCAAUGGUGAGUUUAAAUAAUUGCUUAAGUCGCAGAAUAAUUACAACGGAAAAUAGAAUGGAGGUCGCCCGCACCUGCUGUUAUUGACACAAACGCUUCGUAGGCGACCAGGAAACAGCCUCAACGCAGUUUUUUGAAUCUUCAACCGCAUGGACACCGAAAAAAGAUGCAGGUGCAGGGCGCAGUGGGCGCGUGGCUGCUGCGCGUGCUGGCCGCGCUGGGCGCGCUGCGCGCCGCCGCCGCGUCGCCGGCCAUCAGCGAGGCGCGCCCCAACGGCGCCAACCGCCCCGGCCGCUUCCUCUCGCUGCCCGUGCCGCAGAAGUGCAGCCAGCGACCCAAGGAGUUCAACUUCCGGGGCCAUAACUACUUCUUCAGCGGCCACCAGGCGCAGUACCGCAACUCGCGCCUUGAUUGGCUGGACGCCCGCAACAUCUGCCGCGAGUACUGCAUGGACCUCAUCUCCAUGGAGAGCCAAGAGGAGAACAAUCUCAUCUUCAGACUCAUCCAGAACGAGGACGUGCCAUACAUCUGGACGUCGGGCCGCCUGUGCGACUUCAAGGGCUGCGAGAACCGCCGCGACCUGGAGCCCAAGAGCGUGUUCGGGUGGUUCUGGUCGGCGACCCGCGGCAAGAUGGCGCCCACCAACCAGACUCCGCGCGGCUUCGGCUACAACCCCUGGUCGCAGACUGGCCACAAGCGCCAGCGCCAGCCCGACAACGCAGAGUUCGACAUCAAUGGCACCAACGAGUCCUGCCUCGCGGUCCUGAACAAUGUGUACAAUGACGGCAUCGCGUGGCACGACGUGGCCUGCUACCACGAGAAGCCCUUCGUAUGCGAGGACAGCGAGGAGCUGCUCAACUAUGUGGCCUCCACCAACCCCGGCAUUCGUCUGUGAGCGCGCGCGCCAUGCGCUGCGCCCCGCCCACACGCGCUCGCCCACUCGCCCGCACGCAAGCGCCAUCUGUGUAAUAUUUAUUGCCCGCGCCGCUCAUCGACGCAGGCACCAUUAAAUGUUGUUACGUGUUUCA